UUGCCCGUGGAGUGAUUUACUGAUCUACCUUUGGAUCAGGUGAAACCGAGUUAAUCCGAGACUGGGGGAGCCCAUCGAUUUAUUCGCGACAGAGUGUUCAAAUUGCGUGUUACAACGGGUUAUCAUUAGCACCUGGGCUCGAACUGUUGUGGUAGGAGGAAAGUGAGUAGCAUGGGGGCGUUAAAAGAAACACAAUAACGCCGCAAUGCAAAGUGCUGUGUUCUUCAAACAGCGACGCAGAACGAUUGCGGUGCGAAGUGUAUUGAACUGAUGCUGAUAGUUCUAAACCGGACGAGUGGCAAUCUACAUCUAGUGGAACCAUGCUGCAUUUUUUUGGCAGUUUUGUGCGAUAAAUCCCUGAUAUCACCAUUGAUAACCGAACCAGAACUGAACUGAAGCAAUCCGUGCUCCAACAAAACCAACCAAGAUGACCGUAGCGCAGACGGAGCCCGCCAAUGGCGGGCUGAAGCGGGAGAUGGGGCUGAUGUCCGCCAUCAAUGUCAUCAUCAGCGUUAUGAUCGGGUCUGGAAUAUUCGUUUCACCGACGGCCGCUCUCAAGUACUCCGGAAGUGUGGGAUUUUGUCUGGUAGUGUGGGCAGUAUGCGGAAUAAUUUCCCUGCUAGGAGCGCUUUGCUUUGCCGAACUGGGCACGGUAGUGCCACGAUCUGGAGCUGAGUAUGCGUACCUGAUAGAAGCUUUCAAAAAAACCAACAAAUUCUGGGGACCGUUGCCCUCCUUUAUCUGCGCGUGGGUCUACGUAGUAGUUCUGCGACCUGCAGAAAUAGCUGUGAUAAUUCUCACAUUCGCCGAAUACUCAAUUCUACCCUUUAGCAAUAUUCUGGGGUUGAAGAACCUCCCUGAAGAAGAUUUACACAAUCUAAUAAAACUGAUAGCUCUAUUAGGAUUAGGGGUAAUCACAUACAUUAAUCUAAGCAGCGUAAAAUUAUACGUCACGAUCAACAACAUCUUCGGAUUUUGCAAGGUGUUUGCAUGCUUGAUAGUAAUUUUUGGUGGUAUCUACCAGCUGGCAAUAGGCAACACAGAAAAUUUGUCCCGAGGAUUCGCUGGUACAAACUUCAGCCCUGGUCAUAUAGCGUUGGCCUUCUACAAUGGUCUCUGGGCUUACGAUGGUUGGUCAAGCGUUACCACUAUCACCGAAGAAAUCAAACGACCUGAAGUCAACAUUCCACGCUCCAUCAUAAUCGCCGUCCCGAUCAUCACCGGUCUAUAUGUGUUCAUGAACAUGGCCUACAUGACAGUGCUGUCCCCGGAGGAAAUGAUCGUAUCGGAAGCCGUAGGACUGGACUUUGGAAAUCGCGUGCUUGGUUCGUUUUCUUUCCUAAUUCCGCUGGGAGUGGCAUUGUCAACUUUUGGAUGUGCGCUUAGCAUUCAAUUCGGCGUUACCCGGCUUUGUUACGUAGCUAGUCAGGAGGGGCAAAUGUUGGAACCGCUUUCGUACAUUCACCUACGACGAUCGACUCCAACGCCCGCUGUUGCUAUGCAAGGUUUACUAGCAUUAGCUUUCAUUCUUGUUGGCAAUAUCGAGGAACUCAUAGAACUUGCAUCAUUCCUUAUCUGGUUCUUCUAUGGGUCGGCGUUCAUAGCGCUGUUAACUUUGCGCAAAACCCAGCCAGACACACCCCGUCCGUACAAGGUGCCAUUGCUAGUGCCAAUUUUCGCGCUUGGAGUUUCUAUUUUCUUAUCGGUAGUCCCAAUCAUCGCCGAGCCAUCACCAAAGUACUUCUUCGCCCUUGCAUUUAUCUUGAGUGGCGUGGCCGUCUAUACUCCAUUCGUCUACUACAAAAUCAGACCCAGCUGGAUGGAUAAACUGACUUAUUUCAUCCAGGUGCUUUUCGAGGCCGUGCCUACCGCAGAGAAGACGGAAUAGAAUUUAUGAUUGCUCAAUUACCUUUUAUUAUAAAAGACAUGAUUUUUACAA